AUGGCCCUGAGAGGCGUCUCCGCGCGGCUGCUGCGCCGCGGGCCCCUCCUGCGCGGGCUGCGCGGGUGGGGCUCGGCCGCGGCGCUGACCGAGAAGGGCGAGAAGACUCGGACCCGACCGGACAAAUCCUUGCGUCCUGUGUUUGACUGGAGAGACCCGCUGGUGCUGGAGGAGCAGCUGACAGCUGAUGAGAUUCUCAUCCGGGACACUUUUCGUACCUACUGCCAGGAGCGUCUGAUGCCCCGCAUUCUGCUGGCCAAUCGCAACGAAGUUUUUCACCGGGAGAUCAUCUCAGAGAUGGGGGAGCUUGGUGUGCUGGGCCCCACUAUCAAAGGGUUUGGCUGUGCUGGAGCCUCAUCUGUGGCGUAUGGGCUCCUGGCCCGAGAACUGGAGCGGGUGGAUAGUGGCUACAGGUCGGCAAUGAGUGUCCAGUCCUCCCUUGUCAUGCACCCCAUCUACGCAUAUGGCAGCAAAGAGCAGCAGCAGAAGUACCUGCCCCGGCUGGCCAAAGGGGAGCUCUUGGGCUGUUUCGGGCUCACGGAACCCAAUCACGGGAGUGACCCUGGCAGCAUGGAGACCAGAGCACGCCACAACCCGUCCAGCAGGAGCUACACCCUCAAUGGGGCCAAGACGUGGAUCACCAACUCGCCUGUGGCCGACCUGUUUGUAGUGUGGGCUAAGUGCGAAGAUAAUUGCAUUCGUGGCUUCCUGCUGGAGAAGGGGAUGCAGGGCCUCUCGGCCCCCAAGAUCGAGGGCAAGUUCUCCCUGCGGGCCUCAGCCACGGGUAUGAUUAUCAUGGACGAUGUGGAGGUACCAGAGGAGAACGUGCUGCCCAAUGCCUCCGGGCUGGCGGGUCCCUUCGGCUGCCUAAACAAUGCCCGGUAUGGUAUUGCCUGGGGUUCACUUGGAGCUGCUGAGUUCUGUUUGCACACAGCCCGGCAGUACACCCUGGACAGGAUACAGUUUGGUGUCCCACUGGCCAGGAAUCAGCUGAUUCAGAAGAAGCUGGCAGACAUGCUCACCGAGAUCACACUGGGCCUUCAUGCCUGCCUGCAACUUGGCCGCUUGAAGGAUCAAGACAAGGCCACUCCGGAAAUGGUCUCCCUGCUGAAGAGGAAUAACUGUGGGAAGGCCCUGGACAUCGCCCGCCAGGCCCGAGACAUGCUGGGGGGAAAUGGGAUUUCUGAUGAGUACCAUGUGAUCCGGCAUGCCAUGAACCUGGAGGCUGUGAACACCUAUGAAGGUACUCAUGACAUUCACGCUUUGAUUCUCGGAAGGGCAAUAACAGGGAUCCAGGCAUUCACAGCCGGCAAGUGA